GCACAGCGCGAGAGGCGGGCGCCAAGCGCGUGAGUCACUCCGCUCUGCUGGGUUAGGAGCAGGACUUCGCCUCCCGCUUGGGGUCUGCAUUUCAUCUCCAGCUUCAGCCACUCACCCUGAAUACUGGCCCCCUCCUGAGGCUGGACCAGCUGCCUUUCCGUCUAGGUGAGGGCCAGGUUCCCAGGUGAUGCUGAAGCUGCUGGUCCAGGGAUGAUACUUUGUGAACCAAACCACGUGUCUCUGACAUUUUGCGACCUGAAGGUAUUGGUGUUUUCUGGAUUCUGUCCAGUGGAUGUGAUUCCUGCUCUGUAGCUUUCUGAAAGAUUGACAUUGAGCAUCAUUAGUGAAACUCAGCUGCCAUCUGACUGUACACCACAGCAAAGGCUUUGAAGAUCUUUUUCAGUUAAAACGAUAAUGACUUUCUUGGAAUGCAGUCCCAGUGGAGACUGUUUUCUGUGUAGUCUAGAAGAAUACCUAACUACCAUCAGCAAUUCUUCAGAGAACUUAUAGAAACCACUCUACGUCAAACAACUGAGUGACUCUGGGUUGUUCAGGGGGACCUGAAGGAUUGUGUAUAUCAAUUCACCUAGAAGAUUCAGCCACAGCUACUCAGAGCUGCUGCUAAAAUACCAUGUCUAAGAACUCGGAGUUCAUCAAUCUGUCAUUUUUAUUAGAUCAUGAGAAGGAAAUGAUCCUGGGAGUCCUAAAGAGAGAUGAAUAUUUGAAAAAAGUGGAGGACAAGAGAAUAAGGAAGCUUAAAAAUGAACUGUUAGAAGCAAAACGUAGAAGUGGGAAGAUUCAGCAAGAGACCAGCAGAGUCUGUGUUCACUGUCACAGAAACCUGGGCUUAAUAUUUGACCGGGGAGACCCGUGCCAGGCCUGCUCACUGAGAGUGUGCAGCGAGUGUCGGGUCUCAGGCCUUGAUGGCAGCUGGAAGUGCACCGUCUGUGCCAAAGUCGCGCAGCUAAGGAUUGUAACUGGUGAAUGGUUUUUUGAAGAAAAGGCAAAGCGUUUCAAGCAAGUUAAUGUUCUGGGCACUGACGUUGUCCGACAGUCCAUCCUAAGAAGAAGUCCAGGAGCUGAAGAAAUACAAAGCCAAGAGCAAACCCAUCAAGAUGCAGAAAAGUCAGACACUUCACCUUCUGUUGGGCAGAAGGUCAGCCAUGAUGGGCCCAGGAGAAAAGGAUUUCUUCUUAGCAAGUUCAGAUCAGCAACCAGAGGAGAAAUCAUAACUCCAAAAUGUGAAAGUGGGCGGAGCUACAGCUUGGACUUAGAGAGCCAAAAUUUUCAGAGUUUAAAGUCAGCCCCUGGUUCAGACAGGGGAAGCACUGGUUCGUCAGAUCUCAAUGACCAGGAAGCUGGUGCUGCGAUCCCAAAGAGCAGCUGGAACAAUGGUAUGACCCCAGUCGCUCAGAGAUCACCAGCCCCAAGCACACGCAGCACGACCUCAGUCAGCAGUAGAAAGGAACAUGGUUUUGACAAUUCCAUGGAUUUGGCUGCCGUUGAAAGCACCUCUGAGGAUCUCACAAAGUAUCAUCACAGAAACACUUCUGGCACACCUUCCAUAGCAGUGUCUGGGGCCUCCCUCUCCUCAGACCGAAGUCGAUCUGAGUUAGAUUUGAGUGGAUCAUUUACAGAAGACUUAGAGGAUACUGUAAGCAUAAGAAGCAAGUCUGUACCUGGGGCUCUAGACAAAGACUUGGACUCCUUGGAAGAGACUGAAGAAGGCAUUGAUGGCUUAGUAUCCUCCCACUUUUCUACGAACAGCCACAGUCUAGCAAGUGGCCUGUCAACCACCAGCCUUAACAGCAUGAUGAGUGUUUACAGUGAAACAGGAGACUAUGGCAACGUGAAGGUCAGUGGUGAAAUCCUUCUCCACAUCAGCUACUGCUACAAAACUGGCGGGCUCUACAUUGUUGUCAAGAAUUGCAGAAAUCUGGCCAUAGGAGAUGAAAAGAAACAGAGGACAGAUGCUUAUGUCAAGUCAUACCUUCUUCCUGACAAGUCCAGAAACAAUAAGCGCAAGACCAAAAUCAGAACAGGCACCAAUCCAGAAUUCAACGAAACACUAAAGUACACCAUCAGCCAUACCCAGCUGGAAACAAGAACUCUGCAGCUCUCAGUCUGGCAUUAUGAUCGAUUUGGACAUAACAGCUUCCUUGGGGAGGUGGAGAUUCCUUUUGACUCAUGGAACUUUGAAAAUCCAAGUGAUGAGUGGUUUGUGCUUCAGCCCAAGGUGGAGUUGGCUGCUGACAUUGGCCUUCAGUACAAAGGAGAGCUGACCAUUGUUUUACGUUACAUUCCCCCAGAGAAGAACCUGAUGUUUCCACUAGGACAACUUCAAGGAAAGAAGACCUUUAAAAGGGGAAAGAAGAACGAGUCUGCUGUAAUCUCUGGAGGAAUAUUGGAAGUGUUCAUCAAAGAGGCAAAGAAUUUGACAGCAGUGAAGUCAGGAGGCACUUCUGAUAGCUUUGUGAAGGGCUACCUGCUCCCUGAUGAUAGCAAAGCCACCAAGCACAAAACUCUGGUAAUAAAAAAGAGUGUUAACCCUCAGUGGAAUCAUACUUUCAUGUUCAGUGGCCUGCACCCCCAGGAUAUAAAGAAUGUUUGCCUAGAACUUACCGUCUGGGACAAGGAGGCCUUUUCCAGCAACAUCUUUCUGGGAGGAGUUCGUUUGAAUUCUGGAAGCGGUGUGAGCCGUGGGAAGAAUGUGGAUUGGAUGGACUCUCACGGGGAAGAGCAGCGCCUUUGGCAGAAGAUGGCUGACAAUCCUGGGACUCCCGUAGAGGGUGUUCUCAUGCUCCGGUCCAGCAUGGGGAAGUGUAGGCUCUGAAGGUACCGGUUCUGUCUGGCUGCCAUUUCCUACCAGUAGCAGGCUUGGGACCUGGGAUUCUCCUUCCCUGCCAUUUCUCACCUGAGGGUAUUUGGACAUGAGGAGAGAGAUGUCAGUGUUAUGAACAUUUAGGGUCUUUCUGAGUGUCUAAAAAAGCAUGUACCUCUAUAUGUCCAUGGGCCAGGGCCUUCUUGAUUGGAUGAUAGAAAGUGUACCACACUGUCCUGUCAACAAGCAAAUUGUGCAAUGAUUCAUAGGCUUUAUACCAUAAGAGAAGUGGCAAAAGCUUAUUUGAAACUACAGUUGAGAUUGGGGGGGGGUCCCCAAACUUUUUCUAAUUAUGAGUUACUUUAGGUUUCCUGAAAUGGUUUGAGGGAAAAGGGGGCCACUCAAAAUGAAGAUCACUUGAAGAGUAAGAAGAAGGGAUACUGGCUACCCUUUCCUCAUCCUGGGAAUCCCCAUGAUCCAAAGAAAGCAUUGUAGGGGUUGUUGCUGGGGCAAGGGGAUGGCCCUGUUAUUGUAGCAAACUUGUGGAUUAACCAGGUAAAUUUUCAAGAUGAACUGACAGGUUUUUCUAUGGUGACUAUUUAAUUUAUAAUCCUAAUCAGCCCACUUUUGAGAGUAAAAAGAGCUAAAUCAUUACAACAGAUGUAAAUCAGGAUUGACCUUGGAAAAUUGGAAUGUAUGCUCACCCUAGUUAUGACCUACCUAUUAGAGAGCUCUGUUGUUUACAUUUAUUUUAUAAAAUGUUCUAAGCCAUUAAGUAAAAGGAAAUAAGAAAUAAUGUACAUAUUGAGCCCCUGCUUGUGUCAUGUCUACUGAUAUCCCAUUAAUCAAAGGAAGUCACAUGGCCAAACCCAAAAUUAAGAGGCAAGGAAAUACAGUCUGCUCAUAAUGAAGCCAUGGCAAGAAUGAGGAUGCAGGAAGAGAUGAAGAAUUGUGGCCAGUAGUUCAAUCUACCAUACCUUCUGUCACCUGGAAUUCCAGAUGCUUUAGCCACCAAACUUAGAUGGGAAGUCAGUUAAAGCUGAAAGGGAAGGGACCCCUCAGGCCUAGUUCCUCAUUUUGCAGAUUCCAAAUCUGAAGCCCAGAGAGCUGAAAUGACUUGCCCAAGAUCAUAUAGAGGCUGUAACUGUAUCCAAACUUAAAUCCAGGGUGUGAAUCCUAGGCCAGUGUUCUUUUCACUGUAGUCCUUGGCAUGAUCCUAUGCUUAUCAGGGUAGACAAGAGGAUGUAGAUCAAGGAAGGUGGAGCAGAGUCUGAUUCUUUAAGUAUGAACAUACCUAACCCAGUCUUCUUCUGGAGUCGUAUUCUAGUGGCUCAGCUCAUAUUUUUCACUUGAAUUUCUAUAAAAUUCUUAAAAGUAUAGAAAGUGAAUUUUAGUAGUAGGAAAGCUAGAAUCAUCUUCAGGCUUGUUCUAGCUAAUUGUUCCAUAUUCUAAAUUUCUUCUUGAAUGUUGAAAAUGGAUUUAAGAAUAUAUUUAGCACUAUUCUUAGAGAAUAAGCAAUCCAUUUUCAAUAUUAUUCAAAAAUAGGCUAUCUAAUUCUAGAAGAUUGAAUUUAUUGGUCUAGCGUAGCUUAGUACAUAUGGUACGUUUUUUUAAAACUCACACCCCUAUCCCUAUGUUGCCCUCCUUAAAAACAGGAAACAAAAAGAGUAAGAUCAUCACUGCUUACUAUAUUGGAAUAAUAAAUUGUCUUCAGACUUGAUGUGACUCAUUCUGUCUUCAACGGCAUUUUUAGGAGAGGUGAGAGGAUGGUGAUGAUGAAGUCUGAAGUCAUCAAUAAAGUAGACAAAAUAUUAUUUAUUCACUAAUAAUAAAAGUGGCAAAAUCCAAAAUUUAUAACUUGAACUCAAGACGAGCAUGAACUUUAUGUGUUCAGACCUUUGCCACAAUUAGAGCAAUUCUCUGUAUCAUGGUUUCAUAAAAUCCAACAUCUAACUGGGUAUUUUCAUAACACAAAAGCCAGGUAUGCAGAAGUCUAUCAGAAACCUGUUAGUGUUGCUCUCAGAAAUAAAAGGUAAAUUGAUCUUUAGGUCACUCUUUCUUUUUUCACUAAGUAUGGUGUAGAAGUACAAAGAAUAUUUUUAAAUAUAGGUAAUAUGUGUGAAUGGCACAAAAUUCAAAUAGUUCAAAAUUGUGAAAAGUCAGUCUUCUUUCCUCCUCUUCCAUAUCAGAAUAUAUUGGCAUCCUCAUUCUUUUUUAUAGCUACAGGGUAUUACAUUACAGGGAUAUAUCAAAUUUAUUUAACCAGGCCUGUCAAAUGCCACAUUAAAUGUGGUUAACUAAGAUAUCUAUGUUUGGUGGCUUUUCUAAGCAAUCUUUUCUUUCAAAAAUAAACAUUAUGACAUUCAAAAUGAGAGGUAUAUAUUACACUUUGGGGAAUUCUGCAGCGAUAGAUACCUAUGUGAGAAAUGAGUACAUACAAAGGUAUUUGUUGCAAAAGAUUGGAAACAACCCAAAAGCCCAUCAAUAGGGGCCUGCUGUAAUAUCAAAUAUGCCUCAUUUUUCUGUUUCAUUAGUUGUUUCCUCUCCUCUGACUUGGCUCGUUCUCCACAUUUGUUAAACAUUGGGUUCUUGGGUGCUUGUUCUUUCUUUUCACCACAUUUUAUACAACUUCUCAGGCCUUACUAUAUACUGUACUCUCAUGAUUUUAUGACCAUUUACAUGCUUAUAACUUCAAACUCACAUCUCCAACCCAUACCCUUCUUCUCAGCCCCAGACCCAGAUCCAACUGCCUAUCUGAUAUCUUCACCAGGGUAGCUCAUGUUUUCAACAUAUUCAAAACUGAACUCUUCAUUCCACCCUCUCCCUUGCACCUAUGUCUUUCUCCUCUGGUACAUGCUGUCUCAGUACCUGGUACCAUCAUCUACCCAGUUACACUCACUAGACACUGGGUAGUGAUCUUUGAUUUAUGCCUCUCCCUUACCCUGAGACACAAUCAAUCAGGAACUCAUAUUGAUUCUACCUUCUAAAUAUCUCGAAAGCCUGUCCAAUUCUUGCCAUCUCCCUGCCACCACCCUAGUCCAAGCCACCAUCACUCCUCUCGAUGAUUAGUAUAAGACUCCUAGCUUCUAUUUAUGCAGCCACUCUUUCCCUCCCUCAGUCCAUUCUCCAUACUAUGGCCAGAUUUUCUGAACAUGUUAUUUUAAAAUGUUCAAACAUACAGAAAAGUUGAAAUAAUUUUACAGUGAACACCCUUAUACCCACCACCUAAAUUCAGCUUCUACCAUUAGCUAUACUUGCUUAUUAUUAUCUGUCCACCCUCAAGGUGAUCUUUUAAAAAAUGCAAAUCUGAUCAUGCUUUAAAACCCUCUGUGGCUUUCCAUUGCCCUGAGAAUAAAAUCCAAAUUCUUGCCCACGGCCUGCAAGGCCCUGCAUAAGAUGGUUGCUGCCUCCUCUCCUGUUUGUCCCAGGCCAUGCCUCCCCUUCCCUUCUCAUUAGCCACACAGUGCAUUUUUCUGCUUCUCAAUUGUGCCAGGCUCUAUCCCAUCUCAUGGCUUUUGCAAGGAAUCUUCUUGCUCCUUCUCCUCAUUGGCCUGAUUUCCAUUAAUCAUCUAGGUCUUGAAUGUUACCUGCUCAGGGAAACCUCCCUUGAUCACCCUCUGCCUGCAAUAGCUAGGUCACAAUAGCCUGCCUCUAUUUCCCCUUCACUGCACACAUCACAAUUAUAACACAUUAUUCAUGUAAUGAGUCCUUUAGUGCCUGUGUUCAUUCCCUCUCUGCCAUAUCCCUAGAAUGUAAGAUUCGUAAGGGCAGAGACAACAUUUAUAUUUUUUUGCAGCUACAUCCCCCGUGCUUAGUUCAGAGUGGGUAAUUAAAAAAAUAUCUGUGGAAUAAGUGAAAAUGAAAAAAAAAAAAGUAACGUCAUAGAGUGUUAGAGCAGUAGGCAUCUUUAGAGACCACUGUUUCUAACUUCCAAUUAACAGAUGAGGAAACCGGGGCCCACACAGAUCAAGAAAAAUCUCUGAAUAUGCUUAAUGAUUGGUCUUUUAAAAGUAACCCUUCUAUAAGUACUGUAGUUACAACCCUAGACAGUUCAUCCCAGUCUGUCUUGGCAUAGAUAAAAGCACAGAGUGUGCUCUCCAGCCCAGCAUAUCAGCUUCUCAGAAGAAGAGACGAUGGCCUUGCCUGGAGCAUCCUGCUCCUUGUUUGGAGACCUCAGCCCUCAGUUUUCCCUCUGUUGAAUCAGACAAGUUGUAAAGGGAUAUGAGCCAGCUUAAAAGCCUGACUUUAUCCAUUCAGUUUGUAAAUAGCACUUGCAGGACACAUGGAAGAUUCAACUUAUCAGCUCUUCUUUCACAUGUGUUGUUACUGUCACUGGAAUCAUCAGCAUGUAGAUUUUCCAGGUCACAAAACCACCAAAAACAAAGAUAUUUUGAGGGGACUUCAUAUUCUUGGCCUCCUCUUCCUUAAGAAAUUUACACAAAUAUAGGACCAAUGAUCGUUAAAUACAUAAGGUAACUAAUGGAAGAAUUGAGCCCACCUGAUUCACAGUAGUAUUAGUCUCAUCAUUACCUGCUACCCCAAGGCUUGUAUUUGGUGGGGGAGGAGAGAGCUGUGGAAGAAAUGAGGGCAAACUCCACUUUUAGAAGCAAACAGGAUCAAAAUAUAAAGUCCCAGAAGCAUUUCCGAGUGAAAGCCUAUGGCAUUUGGGGCUGUGAUCAAUGUUUUUUCUUCCGUGUAGAUAUAUCACAUUAAACUGAGCAUUGCCUUUAGAAGUUAACGGAAGGGCUUUCCUCCUACAAUGGUAUCAUUUGUGGCCUCUGAAAUUAAAGAAAAGAAAUAGGAGGGGGAAGUCUACACAGAAAAAACUAUAACAAAAAUUAGAUCUGGAAAGAUCUGAACAAUAGCCAUGGAAAUUGAGCCACAUCAAGGAUUCCAAAGGAUUAUCUGAAUCAUCUGGAGUGUGAAUUUAAUACAUUGAUUCCAGAGCAUUACUCCAAACCUACUGAACAAAAUCUCCAGAAAUCUCCAUCAUUUUAUCAAGCUUCUUGGGUGACUCUAAUACAAGUGGACCACAGUUUGAGAAACACUGCAUUAGAGGGCAAAUUAUCUUGACUGUGUUAUUUGGGCCAACUCUACGUCAUGAUGGCAGAUUGGAUUUGGCUAACCUGGACAUUAUUAAUUGCAAGGCAACCAUAGUGAGGUGGAAGGAGCCUAACCUUGGACUCAGAUGACAUUAGCUCAAGUCUUGUCUACUUACCAAUCAUGUGACCUCAGUCAAGUUAAUUAUCCAAUCCAGGCCUUGAUCUAUUUGCCUGUAAAAUAGGAAUAAUCAGGCUACCUUGGAGUAAUUGAAAAUAUCAAUGAGGUAAUAUAUGUAAACAUGCUUUGUAAAUUUUAACCCACUGUGGGAGAAAAAAAGGUCAUUAUUAGUGAGCUAGUUAUAGCACUCUGUAGUUCAUAAUCUCUUAGGCCCCUCUUUUCUUGGAUGCUUGGUUAGGUCUUAAUCAUUCUAUGUACAAUAAAGUGGUCUCCAGUGUACAGAAAAAAUACGAAAAAAAAACCCACCUUAUUUUGUGCUGUGUUACCCAUUGCGGGUGAUAGUAAUUUAUUUAUUCUUAGGCUGGAAUUUCCUACUUCGUCUGAUUAGAUAAUAAAUAUUGCAAAAAGUGUUUAAUUUGAUGGAGAGAAAAACUGUGGUCAGUUUUUUGUUAAUAGGUUGUGGAACCUGCAAACCAACCAUCUUUCCACUCCUUUCCUUAACACCCUCUUCCAGUGUAAUGACCAUCUCUUUCUAUGGCCCAUUGCCUAUCCCCCAUGUCAGGGAGAUCACACCUGCCUUCCUCACAGGGAUGUUGUUCAGAAUCAUGCCUUUUAUCUACAGAAGGAAAUUUACCAUUCCGUCAAAACAAAUUCCAUAGAAAUACAUUGUCAUUAUGUACAUUAUGAAACAUUACUAUUUUCAUUAUGAGGAAUGCGUAGUGCUUUAAUGCUUAGCAGUUGUACCUCAUUUACCUCACUAGGGUUCAUCAAACUAUUCUGGUAGAGGAUUCCUUUCAUAUUUGGAAAGGGAAGUAGAAUAUUUAGUGAGUAUUGCCUAUAAAUUGACAAAACACUCAUUUAAUGUAGUAGAUCAUAUUUUUCUCUCCAGUAUUUCAGCACAAGAGGAAAUUUGUACUUUCUUUUUCCUCUGAUUGAAGGAGAAAUUAAUACAACAAGCAAACAAAAUAUUUCAUUAUAAUAGUUAAAGCAGAAGUUUAAAUCAUUGGUAGUUGCUCAAGAAAUAAUGUCUCCUUAUAGAAGAGCAGAGAACUAGAUAUGUGUUUGACUCUAUAUAUUUUCUUUUUACCUCUUUAUUGUUUGAUACACUUAUUUGGGGGAAGGAAUCUGAUUGCUCUUUCCAAUCAUUUUUUUCUGUUUAGCCAAAGGUUCAUUUAUCUUUAAGAAGUUGAAACUUCUUUGUGCAAACCCAUGGGAAUUGAUGAGUCCCAACAAUAAAACUUUUUAAAUCUUUCUCAUUUGGAAACAAGUAAGGAAGGGAGCCAUUCCAUUACAAAGCAGUUUAUGUCAAUUAUUUAUGGUUGAACUAUAGUUGGAGUGAUUGGGGGUUGGGAGUAUAUUUUCUUUUCCAUCCUUUCCUAGUAUUCCUUAUUCAUAAACAGGCAUUUUUGUGUGUGUGUGAGGAAGACCAGCCCUGAGCUAACAUCUAAUGCCAAUCCUCCUCUUUUUUUGCUGAGGAAGACUGGCCCUGGGCUAACAUCCAUGCCCAUCUUCCUCUACUUUAUAUGGGACACCGCCACAGCAUGGCUUAACAAGCAGUACGUCACUGCACGCCCGGGAUCCGAACCGGGGAACCCCGGGCCGCUGCAGCAGAGCGCACGCACUUAACCGCUUGCGCCACUGGGCCGGCCCCAUAAACGGGCAUUUUAGAAGAAAGAUCAUUGGCUUUCAGUUGAUGUGAAGAAAGAGAUGUCUAGACUUGCCUGAAUCUUCUUGCCUUUGCCCUUUUAAUUAAUUUGUCCUCCUUAAUUCCUAGAUGUCUUCUUACAUUGUCCCUCUGGCUGAUGGAGUGCACACCAGAACUGUUCUUAAUUCUUUUUUCCACAUGGAUUAAUGAAAAUAUUAUUAUUAAUUUUCAGCUCUUUCUUGUCACUUCCGCCCCCAGCUCUGUUACAGUCAUUUGCUUGAAAAGUAUCUGAAUGCACAGAACCAGUUUGGG